GGCACACACUCUUUCCCCCAUUACCCAUUGCCCAUUGCCGUGUUAUCGGAUCGGAUUGGAGGACUGGUCGGCUUUGUUUUACUGGUCAAGGCCUUGAGCAUUUGUGUGGUGUACAUAAAAGUUCACUGUAGCAACCGCCUGUUCCCGCCGAGCGGUCGAGGUGCGACUGCGACUGCGACGCUCCUCCAAUCAAGCAGCCAACCAAUACUUGCUCCCUUGCACUACCCUCCCUUGUCACCACAUCGCAUUGAUCAAAUCUCCACGGGCGAGGCACGCAAGCCCGGCCCAGCCUACAGAACACAAACAUGGACUUCGCCAAAAAGCGGAAGCUUAACGCCCUGUUGAACGGCCUUGGCAGUCAGACACCCUCGUACCCUACCGAUUCCGCUGCCCAAUAUUCAUCGCCGUCAAACCACACGGCAGCAGCAGCAGCAGCUCCCGAGGACGAGUCCACGCCGCAGACCCCUCCUCCAAACCGCCCCUCGACCGCCACCAACCUUGCCUCGGCCUCCUCGUCCAUCCGCACCCCAGCCUCAGACUCCACGGCCAUGCGCCCCUCCUUUUCCUCAAUCCAUCGAUCCGCACCAGGCGCCACAGCAACAACAUCAUCAUCCGACCUCGACCUUUUGACAAAACGCCGCCGACUUGGCCUCGCUGACUCGACCCCGUCCAAGGGCCUCGGCCGCACAAAGACAACACCAGAUGGAAUAGGAGGAGGGGGAGGGGGAGCCACCGCCGCCCCGGCGCCCGGCCAGACCACCAUAUCGAACAUUGUCCUGAAGAAAUGGGGCGGCAACAAGGACAAGGACACCAUCUUCAAGCCAAAGUACUGCCCGGGCGACAGGGACGAGCUGCUCCGGCGGCUCGCCAGCUUCCAGGAGCUGACCGACUGGACCCCCAAGCCCAACCCGGUCGCCGAGGUGCAGUGGGCCAAGAGGGGCUGGAUCUGCCAGGGCAAGGAGCGCGUGCGCUGCACCCUCUGCAACAAGGAGCUGGUGGUGAAGCUGAACCGGAAGGAGGUCGACGGCAAGGAGGUCCCCGUGCUGGUGCCCUCGGAGAUCGAGGACGCCCUCGUGGCCAAGUACGUCGAGCUCAUCGUCUCGUCGCACCAGGACGACUGCCUGUGGCGCAAGCGCGGCUGCGACGACUCGCUGCUGCGCCUGCCGCUGUCGGGCCGCCACGCCGCCAUCCAGGACCUGCGCGCCCGCUACGACGAGCUCUGCGCCCGCAAGGACUUCCUCCCCUACGAGUUCAACCUGCGGCUCCCCGCCCGCCUCGACCUCGACACCGUCCUCCGCUACCUGCCCGACGAGUUCUUCGCCGGCACCAUGACGGCGUCGGGCCACCAGCGGACGCCGGGGCCCCCCAACCGCGUGGCCCUCGCGCUGGCCAUGCUCGGCUGGCAGGGGCUGUCCAACGCCCGCAUAGGCCCCGUGCCCAACACGGCGUCGUGCCACACCUGCCUGCGCCGGCUGGGCCUGUGGAUGUUCAAGAGCAAGGAGGUCGACCCGGACACCGGGGCCGUCAUCGUCCCCGCGCCCAUGGGCUACCUCGACCCGCUGCGGGAGCACCGCUUCUUCUGCCCCUGGAGCAGCGCCGAGGCGCAGCGCCUGACGCCCUCCUCGAGGCGCGGAGCGGCCGACCUGGGCGGCGACGACGAGAGCAACAAGCCCGGCUGGGAGGUCCUGCUGCAGGUCCUCAAGAACGAGGCGUACCUGCGCAGCCGGGACUCGCCCAGGCAGUCCAGGAGGGGCGGCGGUGGUGACGGUCGGAACCCCCAGACGCCGUCGCGGUCCGGGCAGGACGGGGACGGCGCCGAGGGGGUGGGGGCGGAGGACGAGGACGACGAGGACGAGAAGACGCAGAACGCAAAGGACAAGGAGCGGUGGAAGCGCCUGCGCCGCGUCAAGAGCCUGCUGGGCGGCGGCAAGUCGGGCAACAAGCUGCGCAAGUCCAUCACGCUCAGCCGGCCCGGGAGCAGCAAGAGCCGGCCGGGGACCAGCCACUCGAACGCGGACGGUGAGGGCCAGGGCCAGGGCGAGGAGGGCGUGCAGGCGGCAGGUUGACGAGGGAGUUUCAAACAAAAAAAAAACACAUCUGUGCUGUGUAUCUCGAGCGGGUCGCUGAUUGAUUGGGUGAGAGUGGAACAAGUUGGCGUUGCAUUGGAACGGCGUGGGCUACGAGAAUUAAUACCGUAUCUUUUUUUCUUUCGGGAGGAGGGCAUAUUUGCUAACGACGGGACGAGUUGACGUUCUCCCGCCAAUUAUUCAAGGUAUGUAUGUGUCUUAUACGAUGGGAGCGGGGAUCAAGGGUGUAGCACAGAGACUUCACACAUAUCAGAGGAGACUCAACUCCGAUUCUUUAAUACGUUAAUGACGAGAUGAUGGGGCUCAUGUGCUUGAACGAACGGUGCAGACUUCCAAAAGGGUUGCCGCAAAUUCCUUUGUUCUUGGAUACCUCACAUCAUAUUGAUGUGGCUACGUGUAAUUACGGGCAAAUGUAGGCCUCAGGGCAC